CUUUACCCCAGUUAUAUAAACAUACAGUACGCACGCACUGCAGUUCAGUUCAUCUCGUCGACUCUGUGCAGGAUUAAAGAUGUCCCGGGCAGCAGACAGAUUAAAAGUGGUUUUGAAUCACCUGGAUCGGUCCCACGGUGCUGUCAGAGCAUCCUUCACUUCUGCACAAAACGUGUCAUAUCACCAUCCUCAAGUCUUACAAUACACUUCUGACACGGGUGUCCUGACUCCAGAACAGAGAAUUGCCUAUGAGGAGAAUGGUUUCAUACUCAUCCGAAAAUUGGUAUCGGACCAGGAUAUUGACAGAUUCAGGAAAGAGUUUGAGCGCAUCUGUAAGAGAGAGGUGAAGGUGCCUGGUUUGGUGGUAAUGAGAGAUGUAACCAUUGCUAAAUCAGAGUAUGUUGAAGGUGAGAAGGCUGUGACCAAACUUCAGGACUACCAGGAAGAUCUAGAACUUUUCCGCUACUGCACUUUACCACAGAUCCUGAAGUAUGUGGAAUGUUUCACUGGACCCAACAUUAUGGCCAUGCACACCAUGCUCAUCAACAAACCACCUGACACAGGUAAGAAGACCUCUCGCCAUCCUAUGCACCAGGAUCUACACUACUUCCCCUUCCGCCCUGCAGACCGCAUUGUGUGUUCAUGGACCGCCAUGGAGAAAGUGCAUCGGGGAAAUGGCUGUCUGGUUGUCCUGCCCGGCUCUCACCAUGGCACUCUGCUGGAACAUGACUACCCAGAAUGGGAGGGUGGAGUAAAUAAGAUGUAUCACGGGGUGCGUAACUACGACCCAAACCAUCCCAGAGUGCAUUUAGAGAUGGAGAAAGGAGAUACAGUGUUUUUCCACCCUUUGCUGAUCCACGGCUCAGGAAUGAACCAAACCGAUGGAUUUCGAAAGGCCAUCUCCUGUCACUAUGCCAGCUCUGACUGCUAUUACAUUGAUGUGAAAGGAACAACUCAGGAGAACAUCAGCAAUGAAGUGAAAGAGCUUGCAGCCAAGAAGUAUGGAGUUGAUGAUACUGUUACCUUUCAGGACACCUGGGCUUUGCGGGGACGUCUGGUCCAAGGAGACAGAGCAUCAAUGUGAUCGCCAGUGCUCAUCUGUCUGCUUAGAGAGAAGAUGGCUUCACAGCUGUUUGUUAAUUAUCUGACAAUUUCCUUAAAAACUGAAAAUUAUCCUUUCACUAAAAGUACAAACUUUGGCCAUCAGGUGGCACUGUAGGGAAUAAAUCAUGGAUCAUAUUUUGUGAAUUGCCAUCUGUGCCUGGGACAAGCAGUCCUGAUACCGAUCUACUAGUAAUGAAAGCCAGACAUUGUAAUAUUAUCAUUAACGGAUCUUGGUGUGGACUUUUCUUUAAGCAAUGUAAGAACAUUGGGAAUUCAUUGUCUUGGACUGAUACUUCAGGUGUUCGUGAGAGUGUUUCCUGCAAGUAAUUAGUGAGGUUGUUGCUUAUGGUGAAAUAGUUUGAUCAGAAUUUGAGCUCACAGCGGGCACUUGGGAAAAUAUAAUUGAGUACAGCAGAGCAUUCAAUCGGCCUCCAUUUGAAAUGUCUAAGAUCCAGCUUUUUGCAGAUGGAAAUAAUGGUUUUGAAAGAAUCAGAGGCAAAGCAAUGAGGCAAAUGUAUUUUACUGUUAAUUCUGGAAUAUUAAAUGGAUUAAUAUGUUUGAUCAACAUUAGAUCGAGUCUAGAUGUGCCUAUUAAACUUUAUGACACUACAGUAGUAGUAACUUUGCCUUGACAACACACUGCUUUUGGAGUAACAAUCCAAUUAGUAAAACUGAAAGUUUCUACCAUAUAAUUUUGCUUAAUAUAAAUAAAUACACAUUUAUUUUAAAUAACCUUAUGCCUGAUUAAGUUUCAUAUGUGAAUGUAUAUGUUUUAGAGCAAUAAAUGCAUAUAAUGCAAUAAAUGCAAAUUUGUGUUUUACA